CUAGCUAUGUUUCUAUAACUGGAGUUCAGUCUUCGUAGAGUUCACACAAGCAAACGGACUACACAAUGCUGAUACUGACGUUGAUUUCAACGAUACUGUUGAUCAGUAACAUCCACGCAGAUGCCAACAACUCAGUAAUAGCAACGGUCAACAAGACGUUACUGGUGAACGAAACAGCAACACACGCUCUAUCACAUGUGUUUCGUGCAACUCUGCCUGUGACAUUUUAUGUAUGGUGGAAGUUACAAGCCCAAAACCCAGACAUGAACAUCGUCUUACAUAUAGUAAAGUUCGAGAAGCACUACUGGUGGUCUUCGUGCGCCUCCGGUUACUUAACCCUAUAUGAUGGCCCGGGGACAACAAGUCCACUACUGGCUACUUUCUGUGAGCGACUAACGGAUUGAUAUCUAGUCAGUUCAGGGGAUACCAUGUUUAUUGCUGCAUACCGUGAUUAUGUUGGACCCGAAACAUCAUAUUCUUUGGCUUUCUCAUCAGAAAAAGUUAACAAAUCCUGCGGAGGUGUUCUUGAUGCCAAUUCUACAUUCAAUCAUCUCACUUCACCCGGGUAUCCCCGAAACUAUUUCAACAAUCAGACAUGUGAGUGGACCAUACACUCCCAGAACGAGUCCGAGACUAUGUCAAUAUAUAUAUCAUCUUUGAAGCUCCAGGGUUCUUCGACAUGUUCAAGCGAUUUUUUAAAAUAUUUUUCCUCAACGAUACGCAUAAUGAGCUGUUGCUUACUACAAUAUGCUCGACAACAAGCCCAUUGUUUUUGGUUCAGAGUCCCAGAGAUACGAUAAGCCUGCGUUUCGAAACUGACAGUGAAUUGGUGGACAAGGGGUUUAACAUAUCGUACACAUCCAUGCCAGCAACAUUAUGCAGUUCGUACUUGAGGGCCUACGACUACCCAUCUUAUGUGUACUCUCGUGGUUACCCAGAUUCUUAUGAAAGUAACCUCACCUGCAGCUGGAGAAUAUCAACUACCGCACUCUAUAUGAAGAUCCGAGUCUUUGUCGAACUGGAAAACGGUCUCGAGAAUUGUACCUCCACCGAUGUUUUGGUUUUGACUGACAGUUCAUCUUCGGUUCAACAAAUUGCAAUAUGCACGGAUGGCGAUCCAGAAAAUAGUACGGUGUAUGAGUCUGCCAGAUCUUACGUUUGGAUUACCUUCAAUUCAUCCCCUAACGAAUCCGGACCUGCUUUCCGUGUCUCGUACCAACAGGUGCCAGGACCAACAACAACUACAACCACAACUACGACUAGAGCCACAGUUAGACCGAACCACUGUGAGGAUACAUACCUGACUGCGACAGAAACCGUUCAGUACAUAACAUCGCCAGGCUAUCCUAACCGAUACUUUUCGUACCUGUAUUGUAUCUGGCACAUAUCAGCGCCCCGAGGGAAGAUGAUCCAUGUGGAAGUCCUUGAUUCAGAUGUGGAAUCCUCUACAUCAUGUCGCUAUGAUAUUGUGAAAGCCUUCGACGGUGCCACAAAUCAAAGUUCUCUUCUUGAAAACUGGUGUGAUGACAGAGCUCCAACAUUUCAAAGUACGGGAAAUGCCAUGUUAAUAAUCUUCAAAACUGAUGGAGUUACAAAUGAAAAAGGUUUCCGUCUGAAAUAUUCAAUGACAGAAACACCCUACGUCUGUAGUACAAACGUCUCUGUAACAGCGUCGGGAACCAUGAUCUACUCACCAAUGUAUCCUGUUACUUACCCAAGGCAUAGGAAUUGUUGGUGGUACUUAACAGCAGAUCAUUACGUCAACAUCAAACUAAAUGUUCUGGUGAACAGUUUCCGAGCAUCCCAUGACUGUUCUUUGGAUACUAUUUCGAUUAAUGACGAUGCCGGAGAAGUGGGUUCCCCUUUGUGGAACUUACGACCGAACAUUCGUAAGUUCAGGGCGCAAUAUGAGAAUACGAUUCUACUCUGGUAGUUCCGGGGCUACAGGAACAGGUUUCAAGCUGUCUGCCACUGGGGGUAAUUACGACGUUUGUGAGUCGCAAAAUCUGGAUGCAACUGAAUAUUAUAGCUACGAUUUAACAUCGCCUCAGUAUCCUCUCUCUUAUCCAAACAAUGAGGACUGUACAUGGUUCAUAUCAACCUAUUCCAAUGACCAUGUCAUUACUUUGCAAGUGGUGGUAUCUGACAUUGAAUAUUCUGCUGGCUGCUGGAAAGACUACGUUGAGGCAUUAGAUGGGCGAUACACAUUUUCACCAUCCCUUGGACGAUGGUGCGGAAUUCUUACCCCAACAAAGACAAGUUCUGACAGCUCAAUGACAGUCCUCUUUCGUACUGACCAAUCUCACACGGGAGGCGGUUUCAAGAUAACAUAUUACUCAAAGCAAAGGACCCAAGAUGAAAAAGGGACCUCCAAGUUCAAUAUUGGUGCACUUAUCGGAGGAUUGGCUGGAGGUGGGCUCUUGCUUGCUAUCCUUAUCCUUUGUGGAAGGUCAUAUAGGAAACGAAAGUUAACAGAAAUGGUCUCGAGCAGAUGUAAGGAUACGACCUGCUUAUUUGACCACACCAGUUGGGCAAUUGUCUACCACAACCCCGAAUAUACGGUAGGGUACAGUCAGCAACAGGUUUCAAUCCAGCCAAUGAACACAGGGAAUACUACAACACCGUUGUGUUUGACCCACCGCCUUCCUACGAUGAAGUUAUUAAGAAUAAUGAAUUUCAGGUACCUCCCCCUGAUGGUGGUGUUCCUGAUAACUCUACAACGAACAGUAAUACAGCAGACAGCCAGGUCGAUGACACACGGUUGUAGCUUGGUUGGUUGGCUGGUAUGUUGUUUAACGCCGCACUCAGCAAUAUUCGAUCUACCUGACGGCGGUCUGUAAAUAAUCGAGUUUGGACCAGACAAUCCAGUGAUCAACAGCAUGAGCAUCGAUCUACGUAAUUCGAUGACAUGUGCCAGCCAAGUCAGCGAGCCUGACCACCCGAUCCCGUUAGUCGUCUCAUACGACAAGAAUCAUGUGAUUGGUUACUAAAGAUCAAUUCUAACCCGGAUUUUCAGGGAUGGACCCACUGUUGUAGUAGUUAUACUUGCGUCUGAAAGGCUAUACAAUGUUUUUGUAUUUUUAUAUCCAAGGUCAACAAUUACUUUAGUGGAAUAUAAGUACUGAGAGCAUUGAUCCACGACAGCAGCCAAGUGACUUUGUAGUGAACCUUGUUUUGCCAACUGUCAAUCCUGACACAGGGGGAUGUGACUGACAUACAAACUUGUGUAUGACGUCACAUCAUCCAACGACGUCAGCAGUGAAUUGUAUAAUUAAGUGUCACUGUGUUUGGACAA